AUGAAUGUUAACGAAACCCAUCGUAGGCCCGUACGGACUCAGACUCAGAUUGGUCGUGGCGGAAACCCGAAAAAACUUUUCGCUGGGGUUGCGGUCGUUAGUGCAGGACUUGGACUUUUCUGGUACACUCAGAAGUGGGAUCAUCGCAAAAAACAGGAAGAUGUGCGCCCUGGGGCUAUUCCCACAUGGGAGUAUCGCAUGAAUCAAGAGCGGACGGCUGAAGGACGACCGGCAGACUCUCUCACCCAGCAUGUCUCCGGCGUGGAACCUGUCUCGCGACCUAAAGACGUUCCUCUUCCAGGAUCGAACGACGACACGUCCGGGAGUGCAAUUCUGACCGCCACACAUGGCAAGGGUUCCGACCAGACACAGAGUUCACCGGAGCACGCUGACGAGCCACCCAAAACAUCUCGUACAAACGACAGUGGCGAGACUUAUUCAAAGCAUCCGGAUUACAUACCGAAGAAGUAA